GACAACGGUGUUAUUCUCGUUCAUUCUACCUACACCGCCAACCAAAUCAAGGGUCCAGGCAUGUCAGUACCAAAAUUGUCCAAUACCGUAAGUGGUAAUCCUGUUGCUAGAACCAGAGCAUCAAAAGGAAGAUCUCGGUCAGGUUGCCUAAGAUGCAAGCAGCGAAGAGUCAAGUGUGAUGAGUUGCGUCCUUGCUCCCGGUGCAAGAUCGGUCCAAAUGUCUGUGUCUAUCCAAUUGCUGCGGCGCCAAGCUGGAAUAGUCAAGUCACCACAUUCCGUUCGUUGACUGCCGCGGUCUCAAAAGCCGAUUGUGAAGAUAGCGCCGCUCGCCCUUCCGCCCAACCCAAAAAAGCAUCGUCCAUCUCUUCACAUACUUCAUUAUCGCCUGGAUGUCAGAUUUCAUGGGUGAUUGCAAAUGAUGCUCCGGUUUUCGACACUCAAGAUGUCUUCCUCUUGACACAUUUCAUGUCCACUACGAGUAUUAGUCUUAUUGGCAAUCAAUCCAUCUGGGUUGAGGACGUGUUGCAACUCGCCCUGCAAUAUGAUUUCGUUAUGCAUGCAAUACUUGUACUCUCCGCCCGACACCUCCAGGAGAUAGAGCGCUAUGCCCAUAAUCCUUCGCUUUAUAACUAUGGACUCCUUGAAGCACACCAUCUGAAAAAUGCUCUUUCUAGAUUCAACAAGCAAUUUCAGAGUAGCAUUUCGGCAAAUCAAGACGCAGCACUCGCAACAUCAUUCUUGCUCUGUUUCCACGCUUGCUCUACGGUUCACAUGAAUCCACUCGCGGCUCCUUUACAAGAUAGCUCGCUCACUUUUCUCCGUGGUAUCCGGUCAAUCGUUGCCAGCCACCAUCACGCUGCCGACAGGGAUCCAUCCCUCGAGAAGUACCAUCUGCAGGGCCUUGUGCGCAUUUUAUAA